AUAAGCCGCGUAGAAGCGGUGAAAAUGUAAACUUUUUUCUUCAUUGAUAAAUUUUUUUGCGUAGGAUUGGUGUAACACUCGUAGGAAGAGAUUUUACAAAUUUUCCCUUUGAAAAUGAUACUUUUCAACAGUGAUUUCAACAGAUAACUGAGCAACGAAUGUUGGAUUCUGCAUAUAGUAGUGAAAAGCUGUCCACGAUGAGUGAUCAGGACGAUUUACUCGCCCAGACACAAAAUACUCCUCGCAGUUCUCUGGGCUCUGGCGUAUUGUCCUACAGUAAUUCAUCGAUAUCGCCUUCUACGAGCUCAAGUAGCUCACAAGGAUCGGCCAAAUCUGCGGUGUCGGAAUGUCUCGGGGCAUGGCUGAACUAUUUGCAGAUAAUGAACAAUCUUUGUGCAGCCGGUUAUCGAUUGGCUCAAACAAUUGCUGCCCUCGAGCCAUGGGCAAAUUUGGAUCAACCAAUGCAAACCGGUGGAGGAGGUGCGGGAGGUGGGAUGCAACAGCAACAGCAGCAAAACCAACAGCAACAACAGCCAUUCAUACCUUCGCAAAUACCAUCUCAUAUGGCUUUUCAAUUUAUUACGGCUUGGGAUGAGCUAGCUCGGGCAUCGGUUGUGGCCACCGGUACUGUCAAAUCGCACAUUGUUAGCGUAUUGCAGGAUUUUAAAACACAACCACUCAGCUCCGUGGAUCCGGAAAGCGAAUUGCUACAUAUCAAAGAGUACAAUCAAUUAAUUUUGCAAGAUAAUGCUCAAACUAUGAUCAAUUUGCAACACCAGUUUUGUGUGGCGUCUUGUGAUUCUUUUGCUCCCUUGAUGUGUUGCUAUCAAUGCCAAACCCAGGUGGGUUUCCCUCAUGACCCGGAAUGUCCAAUGAUACAGCAUCCUAUGUCAACAGCAGCUGCAAUAGCGCGAAGUGACCAAAGAUCUCAAACUCCUUCACCACAUUUUGGUAUUAAACUUCAGGAAGCUCGCUUGUAUGAUCGUGGCUCAAUUUCUACUCAAGGUUCAUCUGAUCACGGGACAACCGCCUAUGAGCAAACUCGUGGUCCAUCUCCGCAUGAUAUUCGUGGGCCUAGUCCGAUACAAGGUUUCCUGGACAAUAUUCGCGGCCCACUUCCUAACCCAGGGCAUCUUUCCGGCAUGAAGGCUCCUUUUUAUAGAGGGUCCAGGAGCCCACUCAAUUUUCCACUCUUUACACUGAACGGACAACGCAGAUGGUCCGAGGCAGCAGCCGGAGAAGUUAAUUCCGAAUCAGCUCUGGAUGCCGAGAGUCAAAUGCGCCGUUGGUCCAUGCCAUGGGAAGCCAGGGCUGACAAAACUACCGUACACUGGAAUCAAACUCGAAUAAUGCCCAUCUCAAAACUGGCCGUUCCACAGCAAUCUAGCGGACAAAAAUCUUCAACCGGGGAUCGUAGCCAAAGUACCACACCGGAUUCGACUUGGCACUCCUCGGUUACCAGUCAGGAUGGUCUGGUGGAAGCGAUUCAACUGCUCUCUUGUAGACCUAUCUAUCGACUUCCACCGAUGGCUCCCUCUAACAUUGGUCCACCUUUCGUUGAGGAACCUAGCAGUGGUGUUGACCAACUGUCUCAUCAAAUACAGCAAACUCAACAUCAGCAAUUCCCACCAACAAACCCAGCAGUGGCCGGUCUGUACGGUAUCUGGACACAGCAGAAUCCACCGAGCGCCAUGCUCCGACAACAGUCUAUGCAGGAACGCAGUGUUCCGCCUCCCUUUAUGCAAUACAUCCGGGAGCAAGAGGGAUCAUUGGACGAAAACCCUCCGCCCUAGUAAGGGCAAAAAACAGGCAUCCUAAAUUCUCAAAACAAAAUACUAUAUCUAAACCAAAAAUGCUUAAUCUCAACUUUUAUCCUCUGAAAUUGUGGUGCCCACAAUAGGGUUUAUUUUCGGGAAUCGAUCGUUAGAUGUGCGUAGAAGCUUAUACCAAAAAACAAUCUCUGUGUAGAUCAUUAUUUGUAGUGUGUGAAUUUUAGGAGAAUUCCGUAUUUGUUAUGUGGUUUAGAUGUAUGAAAUAAGUCUGUCGGCAUUAGGUUUUAGUAUAUCUUCUGAAUUUGAAAAUUAACACUGUUUUGAUGGGCUUUGAAAUAAUAAUCGUUUUAAUUUCAAAGCUUUGAGUGAAUAGCAAAUUUCUAGUUUUUUACAGCGGAAAUAUUAAAAUCUUUUGCUAAGAUUAAAAAUAGUUUCCAGUAAGGGAAAGCACAAUCGAUGUUGAUGUUUAAUUUUUUACUUUUUCUGACAUAAGGAACUAUAUGUAUGCUGAUAUAAAAUUUUGAAUGUCACCAAUUUACUAACUGGAAGCUAUCAAAAUACACAAUAAUAUAUUUAUGUAUCACCCUAAGUAAGAAAGUAGUGCAGGAAACAAACUGUUUAUGAGUUUUUUUUUUAUAUUCAUGGCGAUAAUAGCUUAUAAAAAAAUUUGAAUGAACGGAAAGUUUCUCACCGUGAUGUUUGACUGGAUGUAAAAUAAUUCAAACAGGUUAAGGUUAUUUUGCCCAAUUAUUUUAAACUAAUCUUAGAUACAUAUCUCCAAUUCUGUUAUGUUCCAACUUAUAGGAAAAUUGUUUGAAUCAAUUUAAAAAAUCCCGUAAUAACUUAUCUAACUAAUAUUUAUUCCGUAUAUUGCGUGUAAACUAUUUAAAUGUCUCAUGUGAAUUCCAAAAAAGGCUUUCGGUAGUUUCAGGAAAUGGAAAAUUGUGUGUAACAUUUCUAUACUCGCAAACUUAUUAAUGAAAAAUAUAGUGCAAUACAACUUUAA